AAACAUUUUUUUUAUAUUGAAAAGCGAUUUUAGUUUGUCGAGAGAUAGUAGCGAUUUGUUACUUCAGCUGUACCAAAACCACUCCACCACCGUCAACCACAGCUCCGCGCCUUCCUCCAUUUCACCGGCGAUUAAUCAACACUAGGGAUUGGCUACUCGCCGGUUCAAUCUCUGGUAACCUCUUCAAAAUUAUGUGGUACCAGCUCAAGCUCGAAUAUUUCAGUUGAAGUUCUUCGGCGCAGGUUCAAGUUCUGAAUUCCCGUUUCCGUCUUGAACCUUAACGACGUAAAUGGACAUACUUUUUGCUCAGAUCCAAGCGGACCUUCGCUCCAACGACGCGCUCCGGCAGUCCGGGGCAUUACUCCAGGCACUGCAACAAUCCGCCGCAGGACGCGAUAUAUCUGUUAUCGCAAAAUCCGCAGUCGAAGAGAUCGUCGCCUCCCCUGCUUCCGCCGUCUCCAAAAAGCUCGCCUUUGACCUCAUUCGCUCUACUCGGCUUACGGCCGAUCUGUGGGAAACUGUAUGCACCGGUAUCCGAAACGAUCUCGAUUUCCCCGAUCCUGACGUUACCGCGGCCGCGGUCUCAAUCCUUGCUGCCAUCCCCUCCUAUCGCCUUGGCAAACUCAUUAAUGACUGCAAUAAAGAAAUCUCCGCUUGCUUCGAUUCCGCUAGUGAUAAUCUUCGGUUUUCAAUUACCGAAACUCUAGGCUGCAUCCUCGCCCGCGACGAUCUCGUGACAUUGUGUGAAAACAAUAUUAACUUGCUCGAUCGCGUCUCAAAUUGGUGGAGUCGGAUUGCUCAAAACAUGCUUGAUAAAUCCGACGCAGUUUCGAAGGUCGCUUUUGAAUCCAUUGGGAAAUUGUUUCAGGAAUUUGAAUCAAAGAGGAUGAGUCGACUCGCUGGAGAUAAAUUAGUUGAUACUGAAAAUUCUGUUGCAAUUCGAUCAAAUUGGAUUUCAUCAAUGGUUGAUUUUGUUUGGAAGAAGAGAAAUGCUUUAAUGUCACGAUCGUUAAUUCUCCCAGUGGAGAGUUUUAGAGCUACCGUUUACCCGCUAGUUUAUGCAGUAAAGGCAGUGGCUUCUGGUUCGAUAGAGGUGAUCAAGAAGCUAUCGAUGGCAUCAAAGAGUGGGAGUGCUGGUACGCCAUCUGAUUCAGGAAAUGCAGAGAGAUUUGUGGGAGUGUCAGAUGUGGUGUCGCAUUUGGCACCAUUUUUAGCAUCAUCAUUGGAUCCUGCAUUAAUAUUUGAGGUCGGGAUUAAUAUGUUGUACUUAGCUGAUGUUCCUGGAGGGAAGCCUGAGUGGGCUUCCACAUCUAUUAUUGCAAUUCUUACUCUUUGGGACAGACAGGAGUAUUCUUCUGCUCGAGAGAGCAUAGUUAGAGCUGUUGUAACUAAUUUGCAUCUCCUUGAUCUAAGCAUGCAGGUUUCACUAUUUAAAAGAUUGCUUCUUAUGGUCAGAAACUUGAGGGCCGAAUCAGAUCGAAUGCAUGCCUUGGCAUGCAUCUGCCGUACUGCUCUUUGUGUUGAUCUUUUUGCAAAGGAGAGUGUGCGUCGAGGUCAAAAACCUCUCGCAGGAACGGAUAUUGCUUCACUUUUUGAAGAUGCUAGAGUAAAGGACGAUCUCAAUAGUGUUACUAGUAAGAGUUUAUUUAGAGAAGAAUUGGUUGCCAUGCUGGUAGAAAGUUGUUUCCAGUUGUCGUUGCCUUUGCCUGAACAAAAGAGUUCAGGUAUGGAGAGUAGGGUGAUUGGAGCCUUAGCCUAUGGAACUGGUUAUGGUGCAUUGAAUUGGACAGAACCUGCUCUCGAAGUUGUGGAAGUGUGCAGGCCAUGUGUUAAAUGGGAUUGUGAUGGUCGGACGUAUGCAAUUGAUUGCUACCUAAAGUUGCUUGUUAGGCUUUGCCAUAUCUAUGAUACCAGAGGUGGUGUCAAAAGAGUCAAGGACGGCGCAUCUCAAGAUCAGAUACUGAAUGAAACAAGGUUGCAAAAUUUGCAGAGAGAACUUGUUAAUGAUCUUCGUGAGGUUAACACUCCUAGAAUCUGUGCCCGUCUAAUCUGGGCGAUUUCAGAACACAUUGAUUUGGAAGGAUUGGAUCCCCUUCUUGCUGAUGACCCUGAGGACCCAUUAAACAUUAUCGUAUCAAAUAUCCACAAAGUUCUAUUCAACGUAGACUCUUCAGCAAGUACAACAAAUCGUCCACAAGAUGUUCAAGUAGUUCUUCUGUGCGCGCAGCGGUUGGGAUCACGUAAUGCUAGGGCUGGACAUUUGCUGACUAAAGAGCUUGAAGAAUUUAGGACCCAUCCUUCCGCUGAUUCAGUCAAUAGGCACCAAUGCCGUUUAAUACUACAGAGAAUUAAAUAUGUUUCUGGUCGUCCUGAUGACAAGUGGGCUGGGGUUAGUGAAGCCAGAGGAGACUACCCGUUUAGCCACCACAAGCUAACUGUUCAGUUCUAUGAUGCAUCUGCAGCUCAGGAUCGGAAGCUAGAGGGGUUAAUUCAUAAAGCUAUUUUAGAACUGUGGAGGCCGGAUCCCAAUGAGUUAACUCAGUUAUUGACUAAAGGGAUUGAUUCAAAUUUAAUUAAGGUUCCUCCGAAUGCAUUCACCUUGAGUGGCAGCAGUGAUCCUUGCUAUGUUGAAGGAUAUCACUUAACAGAUCCAAAUGAUGGAAGGAUUACUCUGCAUUUGAAGGUUCUCAAUCUUACCGAGAUCGAACUGAAUCGUGUGGACAUUCGAGUUGGACUAUCUGGUGGUUUGUAUUUCAUGGAUGGUUCUCCUCAAGCUGUGCGACAGCUGCGGGAUCUUAAUUCACAGGAACCUGUAUUGUGCAGUGUGACUGUUGGUGUUUCACAUUUUGAGCGGUGUGCCCUCUGGGUCCAAGUCCUGUACUAUCCAUUUUAUGGUAGUGGUGUUCCGGCAGAUUAUGAAGGGACCUAUCCUGAAGAAGAUCCACAAAUUAUUAGACAAAAGAAAGGUGCCAAGCAUGAAAUAGGAGAGCCGGUGAUUUUAAGAUGCCAGCCAUACAAAAUUCCCCUUACAGAACUUCUUUUGCCUCAUAAAAUCUCUCCAGUUGAAUAUUUCCGUCUGUGGCCUAGUUUACCUGCUGUGGUGGAGUGUACUGGUACAUAUACAUAUGAAGGAAGUGGUUUUAAGGCUACAGCUGCACAGCAGUAUGGGGAGUCUCCUUUCCUUAGUGGCUUGAAGUCUCUGUCUUCUAAGCCUUUCCAUAAAGUUUGCUCGCAUAUUAUCCGGACAGUUGCUGGAUUUCAGCUUUGCUAUGCUGCUAAAACUUGGUAUGGAGGCUUUGUGGGCAUGAUGAUUUUUGGUGCCAGUGAAGUGAGCAGAAAUGUGGACCUUGGUGACGAAACCACUACAAUGAUUUGCAAAUUUGUUGUUCGAGCUUCAGAUGCAUCCAUUACAAAGGAGAUUGGUUCAGAUCUACAGGGCUGGAUGGACGACCUUACUGAUGGCACCAUUGAGUACAUGCCUGAAGAUGAAGUCAAAGCAGCUGCUGCAGAGAGGCUGAGAACCUCAAUGGAAAGGAUAGCGCUGCUAAAGGCAGCACGACCUCGUCCAAAGACCCCCAAAUCUGACAGUGAGGAAGAGAAGGAAGAGGAGCAGGGUGAGGAUGAACAGGACACGGAGAACAAAGAAAAUGAAGAGGGAGAUGGUAAAACCAAGGGACCUUCCACGUUGUUCAAAUUAACUGCUGAAGAGGUUGAACAUCGUGCUCUUCAAGUUGCUGUGCUGCAGGAGUGGCAUAUGCUGUGUAAAGACAGAAGCACAAAAGUCAACUAGCUGAUUCUUUUUCCUACCCUGACAAAGUUUGGAUUGUAUUCUUUUGUUUAUCCUCUGUGUAACUGUUGUAUGUGAGCUGGCUGACCAGUAGUUUAGGUCCAUCUUCAGCAAUUUUUGAUGUUGUUUGCUUAUUUUCUGAGUUUCUGCCAUCAACCUCACCGCCCCCAAAUAGUACCAUGUAAUGCUUUGUGUGACCAAGUGCUGGAUUGACACUGUUAAGCUACUGUUAGUUGAAUGUUUGAUUACAUAAUCAAACACAGUAGUAUGAUAGAAACAGCAAAACAAAGUAAUGUUCUAUUACAAAACAACUUUUUGAGCA